AUGUCGCCAGAGUCCUCCUUGUCGGCCAGCCCAAAACUUUUUAUCUGCCAAACCGAGAGGACCCAGACAUCCGUCAUCCUGAGUCUCAAUCUCCUGUCGGAGGCUUCAUGGGCCCUCUCGGUCAGCCUUAGGCCCUUCGCCCACUGAAUAGCAGGGGCUAUCAGCCAGUAGGGCCCGUAUGCCGACACCGUGACCUAUUCCGGUCGAGGCAACUCGAGUCCUCCCGGUCGGGCACCACAACCACGCUGCUCCUCCUCAUCGGCCGGUAGGGCUCACCGUUCCAAUGCCACAAGCUCCCGUUGAGCAUCGGCUCGAGGCCUACCGACCGGGUGCCAACAACCACGUAGUUCAAUACCUGCAGCCGGUAGGGCCUACUCUUCCAACGCCUAAGUCGCUCCCACCGGAGUACGUAGGCCCUUCCGGCCUGCCAACGAGAUGACUUCUCAGAAAAUCAAAAUCAGCCCCCGCCAGUACUCUAUGCUAUUUUUGGGGGGGCGUUCUUUAAACUGGCGGCUGUCCUCUUGUACAUUUGCUUUUUGGGGGGUACUCUAGGUUCGGGCCAUUCCCGAGCUCGGAGCCCUUCCCCGGACAGCACGCCAAAUAUGCAUACCAUACCUCAGCUAAUUAUAUGUAAGCGUGAACUAGUGAAAUAAUGCACGAAUGGGGGAUUUCAUGAAAAGACUACAUUUUUUAAAGUUCAAAAUUGUGAUUUUGGUCUGUUUUCAGAUUUUGGGAGAGAGUGCUGCCAGCAAAGAUGGGGCGGGUGCAACUGCCACUUCAGAUCCUGAAGAUGAUGGAGAUGGAGACAUCUCUACAAUGGAACCUGAGCCAGAAGUGGUCCAUCGUGGAUCACAGUUCAACAUAAGAUGUUUACAUCGUUCAUUAUCUGUUCAGGUAAAGCCUCAGAUGGUGGAUGUGGGGACUCAAACCAAAAGGUUUGAGCAUCGCAGAUCAACUCCACUGGCCAGUCCUGAACAAAGUGAUGAUGAAUGGUCAUUUUCUGAUAUCAUCAACCAUUCUGGUGGUAUGUCAUGGAGUCCAGGGGAGGAGAUGUUGAGCGAGUUCUCUGAGGAGGAACCAGAAAAACUGGAAUCUCUCAGUGACCCAAAUGCUGUUGACAAGUUCAUUGUUUGCCAGAGACAGUUGCUGUCCUUAUUCACGGUUUGCCCUGCAUGCUGUGGUGAAACCCAGGGACACAUAAUGCACCCGGAAGGAACUUUAAUAAAAGUCAAGCAGGCCUGCAGAACUUGUGGUUAUGAGCGUUACUGGCAAAACCAAGAGAAGGUGCAUCGAAACAUGCCUGCCUGCAACCUUUUACUCAGCGGUGCCAUCCACUUCUUAGGUUGCAUGGCUACUCAGACAAUCAGGAUGCUGAAGCUGUUUGGACUGCAGUGCAUAAGUCCUGGCACUUUUUUCUGCCAUCAGCGCUAUUACACUAUCACUACCAUUGUGCAGGCCUGGAGGAAUGAGCAGAGGGGAAUCAUCAGGGAGUUGAAGGAGACUCGGGGUGGAUUGAUCCUGUCUUGUGACUGCAGGUAG